AAAUCUCAUAGCGUUAGUUAUUCAGUUGAUAUUUUUGCUUACACUGUGGAUAUUCCUAAAUCAAUUUGUGUGUAUUCAAAUUAUGCGCCCCACAGCUCAUUUUUAUGACCCGGGGUCCCACGUUAGUGCAUUGAUUUUUGCUAUGACUUUAAAAACCUUUGGGUUUUUUUUUUGUUUGUUUGUUUGUUUUACUAUUUGUUCUGUUUUUGAUAGCCUAUGUAAAAAGUAAAAACCGUGUAAACUGUUCGGUUCCACUGAACAAUCCUUUAAUUGUCAGGAUUUGCAGCAGCCUAAAAGUAUUACUUUUCCUCUCACAAUGAGUAAGCUAACGUUACAGCAAACACAUGCUAUAUUUACAACUCAAUCUACACGUCCUGUUUACGGUGUACAUUAUAAUAGCUGGCAAAAAGUCCGUCAAGAUGAUUCAGUAAAUUGACUUUUUGUAAUAUGAAAACACCAGCCUUUGAGCUAUUUUACCAGUAGAUGACGACAAAGCUGGGCCUGCUGUCAGCUCAAGUGGAUGUUUGAUAUUGGGUACUGGACAUUUUUUUAUAAGGAUUUUACCGUAAUUUAAUACUAUUCAAAUCCAUCUGCCCAGUAAAAUCUGUCUACAUGCAACUGUACUAGUGUUAAUAUAGCUUACUUUUGUUAGGCUAUAGAAACGUCUGUGUGACCUAUGAGUGCUAAAUGGGAAAAAUAGACUAGAGCCUAUUGUUAAUCGGGGGAAACAAUGUCUUGAAUAAAAAAUAAAAGUUUCAAAUAGACCUAUAACCUCAUAACAACUUGUGAGAAUAACUGUGAUGGAGGGAAAACUCAGGGCAGAGCCGAUUUUCUCUUUUCAAUAAACUGCUAAAUUAACUUUUACACAUUUUCUAACGAGGUUUAUUACUUUAAUCUCCGUAAAAUGAUGCCUGUAACUUAACGUUGGCUCACUCAGCACCUCCCACAAUUCAUAUUCAUUUUGUAAAGAACAACGUUUAACUUGUGACUCAGCCUCAAAUGGUAAUUGUCAGGAUAUUACACAGCAGAGAGGGGCGGAGAGCUGAAGAUCCUCGCUAUUUCACUCAGACUGCCAAGCACACAAUGACACAGUCCGUUCGGUAGACCAACAUGACGUAUUCUGGAUAUUUUAUAUGGAUUUUCUUCUCCUCAUGGGGAACAAUUGCGGGCAGUGUGAGGACUCUACCUCAUGUGAUGAAGUACCAAACAGUGACACCCCAGAAGCUGAAGGAUUCAUCUCUCAUUAAUGAUGCGGCUACACAUCAGACAUACCCUGAUGUACUCCAGUACUCUUUGACGAUCGCAGGGCAAAACUACACACUGCACCUGGAAAAGAACAAAGAUCUUGUCGGGAAAAACUUUUCUGUGACACACUAUUCUGAUCAGGGCACCCAAGUCAAAACUACUCCAGAUCUUGGGGUUCACUGCUACUACCAUGGACACAUUGUGGGAGCGGAGGACUCCUCUGCCAGCGUGGCACUGUGCUCAGGAAUAAAGGGGUUUGUGCGGCUCCACGACCAAAUGUACCUAAUUGAACCUCUGGCCGGCGCCGAGGCGGGACAGGUGGACGACAGGCAGAGCUCUGAAGCUCACAGUGACGGGGGCCUUCAUGCUGUUUACAACUACAAACACCUGAGGAGGAAGAGGAGCUCCUGUUCCCAUGGAAACACGACCACUUUCUAUGAUCAUGGAGCUCAUCCGUCUGGACUGUUCCAGCUCGGCAGUAUGAAAAGCAGAGCCCAGACCAAAGACCGUAAAGGAAAACCCAGGACAGUGGAGCUGGUUGUAGUGGUCGACCAUGCGGAGUAUAAGAAGUAUGGCAGUAAGAGGACAAUAGAGGCCAGAGUGCUUGAAAUAGCAAACCAUGUGGACAAGCUGUAUCGUCCCGUGGGUGUUCGUGUGAUGCUGGUGGGUCUAGAUAUCUGGACAUACAGAGAUCAGAUAGAGGUCAGCACUGAUCCUGAGGUCACCCUUGGUCGCUUCCUCGAGUGGCGUCAGCGGAGCCUGCUGCCGAGGACCAAACACGACAACGCACAGUUCAUCACAGGUGUGGAUUUUGAUGGUUCUACUGUCGGCUUAGCCAACACCAAUGCAAUGUGCACCUCAAACUCUGGAGCUGUCAAUGAGGACCAUAACACUAACUCAAUAGGAGUGGCCUCUACUAUUGCACAUGAGAUGGGUCACAACCUGGGCUUGUCCCAUGAUACUGGAAACUGUGUCUGUGGCUCCGUAAUAUCGAAAAGAGGCUGCAUCAUGGCCGAGAGUGUUAGCUCUGAGUAUCCAGCACUGUUCAGCAGUUGCAGUCAGCAGCAGCUCAGCAGGUUCUUGGAGGAGGUCAACCCUGCCUGUCUGCUGGAUACUCCUUCUGCUGAUCGCAUCUACGGGGGGCCAGUGUGUGGAAAUGCCUUCCUGGAGCCUGGAGAGGAGUGUGACUGUGGCACCGCAAAGGAAUGCAAGAAUCCCUGUUGCAAUGCCACUACCUGCAAACUUACUGCAGGAGCCCAGUGUGCAGAGGGAGAAUGCUGCCACAACUGCCAACUGAAACCGAUAGGCAGCGCCUGCCGACAAAAAACAGGAGACUGUGACCUGGUAGAGUACUGCACUGGCUUCUCCGCCUCCUGUCCGACUGAUGCCUACACUCAAAACGGCCUGCCCUGCAACCGUGGAAAAGGAUACUGUUACAAUGGACAGUGUCCUUCACGGCAGGAACACUGCAAGAGACUUUGGGGGCCAGAUGCUGAAGUAGCUGCAGAUGCUUGUUUCUUCCAGCACGGAAACUGCAGAAAGAUACGGUCUAGCAGAUGUUCAAGCCAAGAUCAAUCCUGUGGGACACUUUUCUGCUCGGGAGGUUGGGAGUUUCCAGUGACAUCCAGGAAGUCCUUCUACAAUGUAGGAAAUGGAGACAUAUGCAAUGAGGCAACUAUGAAUCCCGAAGAUAACUACCCUGCAGAUCUGGGCUUGGUGCCUACUGGUACCAAGUGUGGCAACAACAUGGUAUGCUUCAAUCAACGGUGUGAAGACAUCAAAAACAUAAAAGUAUACGGAACAAACGACUGCUCUGCCAAAUGCAACAACCACGGGGUUUGUAACCAUGAGAGCAAGUGUCACUGCGACCCUGGCUGGGCCCCGCCUUUCUGCGAUGUACAGCAGUCGGAGCUGCCUGAAGAGGGAGGUCUGGUGAUGUUUAUUGUGUUACUGGUGGUUGGCUUACUUCUGCUGCUGGUCCUUGUUAUUGGGAGUUUGAUGUGCUGCAUCAAAAAAAGACGACCUGCAAAGAGAUGCCUCCAAUCUACCUCAGGACAAUCCAACCCGUUGUUUCAGUCAAGCGGUACACGAGGCAGCCCUCGUCUCGGGUCCACACACAUCAGCCGGCCUAUAUUUGUGGAGUCUUCAGCCACUCAGGCCUGUAAACCUCUGUCCUCUGCUACUGCCAGACCACCUACUGGAGGACUGAAGCCCAGCAGAGCAGCUCCAGAGCCACCUAAGAAAGCACCAGCUGUACCUCAGCCAUCAAGCAUUCAACAGCUUGUAAGGACGUUCAUGCAGCCACCACCAGUUUCAAGCAAGCCAAUCUAUACUGAGGAUAAGCCACGACCUCCAUCCAGACCCCUGCCACCACUUGCAACAAAACCGAUCAUGAAGCCAAAGCCUCCGAUGCCUCCAGUGAAGCCAAAGCCCUCUGCAGUCCAGUCUCCACUGCCACACACUCAGCUGCUUGCAGGGAGAGCUGCCCUGAUGCCCCCCAGCAGGCCCAGAUGACAGAGGGAAUAAUUCAGCCCGGUGUAAACACUGAGAUCCUCUGACAGAGGACAUUGUUGUUGUCCCACCUAGAAGGACCUAGAAAUACUCUCAGGAGACACUCGUCUGCUUUGAAGUGGAAAUAAGAUCCACUGAAGGAUCAGCAACAAUAAAUGACAGAGCUUUUCUGUCAAUUAUGGUCUCCCUGAGGAUUACCGCCGUCUGUGUCUUGCUUAUGUAAGCCUUCAGUAUGUUGAUGAAAACCUGAAACCGUGAUUGACAGACUCAACGUCUGUGCUUUAUAAAUGACAAAUGGCUGUGCUGCCAUGAAGAUGUUUUUUUGUUGUUGAUUUUUUUAAGGGAAAUGUCUCUCUGCCUUUAUCCUUGGAUAUGUGAACACUUUAGGCAAUUGCACUAUCGAUGCUCUAACUGUUUUACUAACAGUUACUGUUCCCUCACAUGGUUUGGUACUACUUUUCUAAGAUAUAAUUAAGGGAUUUUAAAAUGUUGCAACAAGGUAGGCACUUUACAGUUUUUUUAAUUAGGGACAUACCACAAAAGUUAUGACUUUUACUUGAACUUUUUUGUACUAACUUAGGUAUGCUUGACUUUGUGCGACUGAAUUAUUACAUGCAGCUGUUUUUGUUUUGUGGGUUGACUUGAUACAUGUUGAUUCUAAUACUUCAAGGGAUUUUAUAUUGUAUAUUCUAUCUCACACACAGUCCUUCACUCAUUAUACCAAUGCGUGUGGUCUUUCCAUACAGUGAGGAGGAUUCUGCCUUGAUGUGUCAAACUGCAAACUUUGAACUGAAAAAUGUAUUUGAACCGUUCCUAUUUAUUGAGAUCUUUUUUUUUGUCUGUAAAAUGGAGCUUACAAUAAAAGUGAAUCACCACAA